CUAGACGUGGCUUGAGACGAAACCCUGACGGAACAUAGACUACGUACAAAACCACACAACACGGAAGGAUAACGUCGCCGUCGUCCUCGCCGCCGGCGCCGAUGACUUCGCCGUCCGCCCCCGUCCUCCACCGCCUAAUCCUGCCCAGACCCUUCGUACCCUCCUGCCGCGUCUCGCCCCGCACCCCCGCAUCCGUCGCGGCGCAGCCGUCGCCGUCGCCGAGGAGAAUAUGGCGCCUGCCCCUGCUCCGAUCGUCGCUGCCUCCCGAAGGAUCCCCGGCGGAGCUUGUAGCAGAGGACUCCAAGUUCGUACCGCUUAACGCCGAGGACCCGAUGUACGGACCGCCGGCAAUAUUGCUCAUCGGAUUCGAUAAAAGCGAGGCCGUCAAGAUUCAGGAGUUCCUGAAGGAGCUCGACGGUGAUUUCCUCAAGGUGAUUCGUUGUACAGAAGAAAUGACGAAACAAACUUUGUGGGAUGCCAUGCACACUGAGCAGCCUAAUGUAGAAGCUGUCAAGAUUAUGAAAUCUCCGCAAAGAAUAUGCAUCUUUUCUGGUCUGACUGGUGAGGAGAUGAUGAUGUUCAUCAACGCCUACCCAGAAACAGGGUUGGAACAAGCCGCUUUCGCGGCACUUGUUCCCAACAGCGGAGAGAAGGUUCUUGCUGAGGUGAUCGAGGAAAUAAUGGGUGACCAUGAGAUGCUGACGGGAAAGAAUUCAGCAUGAAGGUAGUAUGUCUCAGGUAGUGACCCGUCCGCAGAGACAAAAUCAGGCAGCAUUGAACUGAUCCUCAAACGGUCUCUUGAAAUCACCCGCUCCAAGUGAUCCACCAUGUAAAUGUCAAUCCUUCGACUCUCUCCAUCUGCUGGUAAAUGUUAAUCUCUGGAGAAGUUGAGCAGCUUGUACAUUUGAAACUGAGAUGAACUGAGAUGCAAGAGAUCAAUGUACAUUUGAAACUGAGAUGAACAUUACUGAGACUUUUCUUCUUGACAUAACCAUGUAAUUAAGAUCCUUUUUGUUGGAAGCACUUAAUUCUUGGACAGUUCUCUGUUGUUGGAUUAAGGUACAGAAUUCCUCAGCA